AUGCCCCUGACAGGAUUAUGCAAGCAAUAUAAGAUUGAAGAAAAGCUUGAGGAGACUGUAAGCCGUCUCAUCGACAUCGAUAGAUGGAACGCCGGUGGCCGUCAGUGUACACUGCAAGCCGUAAUGGCCCUCCCUGACAGCAAUGACGAUGGCUCCGUCGAGGAAUAUGAGUCUGAAGAUGAGACCGAGCCUGAGAUCGAAUCUGGAUCAAACACAGACACAAACGCAAGUGAUGCAGACGAACCAAGACAAUCCCAAGAUUUGACUCAUAGCAAUCCUGGGGGGAAAUUCCAUCGCUGGUUCAACUGGAUAAAUAAAGCCGACCUAUACCCCACAAAGAAGCCUUCUGCUUAUAAUCCUGCUUCUACUUCUACUAUUUCUACUUUGAAUAACAAAGCCAAAACUGGGAAAAUGACGAAGUGGCCCUUGUUCAAGGCUCCCAUCCUGUGGAAAGAUGAACAUAAUAAGUUCGGCUUGAGGCCUCUGGUCCUUGCUCGGAAGCAUGGGCUAAAUGAAAAGGAGAAGAAACCUCGCCGGCGUAUUAUCUGUGCAGGGCCUGCAGGACUGCAGCCAUUGGUUCUGGUUGAGAAGCACAAGAAGCGUUGGGGCUGGCCUUCGUGGGAUUCUUUUGGCCACGAGAAAGUUGAUGAGAUGUCGAAGUCAAACCCAUUGCCGAGGCCGUCUGUUCAGGCGGAGUCUAGGAAGACUGUGAUCCUGCGCUCUCGUCUUCCUGUUCCUGGUGGCAGGACAGGUGGACAGCCUGUAGCCGUUGGUGUGAAGAAGCGGCCGCUGCUAGCCAGGAGGACUACAUCUGAUCGGGUCACAUUCUAG